UCCCUAUGGACAGGCUUCUACGGUAUUUCACUUCGUCGUCUUGUCCAAUGUCAGCAUCCGCCUGGCUACCCGUUCGGGGUAAGCGUUACGAUUCCUCUCUUUUUCUGAGCGUCGUUAUUCUGCGCUGCGUAGCACUGCCACGAUUGCCUCUAUUAGGCUUAGCGCUCUUGAGUUGUCUCUUUUUCUGAAGGUCUUUCUUCUGCAUUGCCCCUUUUAGGUCUGCCUAACAAUUACUUAGCACGUAAAACUUAAUAGUUGUUAUUCUGCGCUGCGUAGCACUGCUACGAUUGCCUCUAUUAGGCUUAGCGUUCUUGAGUCGUCUCUUUUUCUGAAGGUCUUUCUUCUGCAUUGCCCCUCUCAGGCUUGCCUGACUCCAGCUAUGGUACCAAUCACUUCGUUGAGACUGCGCCCUUGAUCGUGGCCAAGUAACAAUAUAGCCUUGGAAAAAGAGAGAACUUAUUUACGGUCAACUGAAUACGUGUAUAAUCCGCCGUGAGGUUCAGUUUAGUUCCAGUUUCCAGAGACGAGGCGACGCCGUGGUUCGGUAUAUCCUCCUACAAUAGAACCAUGUUUGCCACAUCUCGCUUGUCACUCCCAAAGAUCCCCUACACGUAGCUCGGCCGCCGCGGAGACCGUCGCGGAGACCGCCGGGACCCGUGUCGACCUUUGCUCCCUCUCUUCCAAAGUCAAGGUCAUUCUGCUGCUUUGCCUCAACACUGCCCUCUCCAGAGCUAUGCCGAGCUGCAUUCGACCUCAAGACUUGGCACUGUGCGUGAUAUGUGUCACAGGCUACGACGGGGCACAUAUGUGGGGCAUGGUGUAGUAUUCAGUAUGACGAGCUAUCUAGGGCCUGACGCCUGAGCUAUAGCUCACAAUGCUGAGGUCUUUGCGUACGUCACGUGAUUAUACCAUCACAGUAUAGCGUACGCAAUUCUCUCUUUUUCUCAACGUCUUUGGAUUGCUUCGCCUCAAUCUCUCAGCCCUCUUAAGAGAUUCGCCUGGCCAUUUUCUUUUCUAGAGAAUGCACAGCCAUCUUUUCAUGCAUUUGUUUCAAAAGUGAGUUGGCAGCCUUUGUUUUAAGGCAGUUACUGUAUGAUACGAGGAAGGAAGCCCUUCUCGUCCAUAUUGUAGAUCUUUCCUUAGAAGCCACAUGAUCAUGCAGCUCAAAAGCGAGUUUCGGGGGCCGAUCCUGCACGCAUUGCUGUCAUUUCCUUGAAGGUACAGCUCGGGAUCCAAAGACUUUUUGAAACACAAGUAUUUUUUUACUUCAGUGCUCAC